AUGAGAAAGUCUUUGCGCAUACGUGGCGUACAAGCAGAAAAACCAGAUCCAAAAUGGAAGAUUGAUGGCCAAUUUUUAAAAAUCGAUAAAAAAGCUCGUCUAGAGGGCAUUCUUGCCUUGCACACGAUUCGUUCCAACAGAACAUCAAUCGAUGAUACUAAUCAAUUUAUGGGAAUCCUUUCCGAUUUAUCGAAGGUCAAAGACUCUAGGCAAGACAGUGAUGAGGUUAAAAGAAGUCAAACGGACGAGAUUAAUUUCGAUUCUGUUCCGGGUGGUAGGGAGGGUUUAAAGGCGAUACGAUGGAGAUGUCGAUCUCUCUCUCUCAAAAGUACUGAAGAUUGGUCAUCUGUCAAGGUGACUCCUGGAAGGAUAUAUUGUUUGUCCUUUCAUCCCUCAAAAGAAAAGAUACUAGUAACCGCGGGUGAUAAACAAGGCUCUUUAGGUUUCUGGAAUGUUAAUGAAUCGAAUGUGGAUAGUCAUGGCAAAGACGAGUGUCAAACCUUUAUGUUUGAAGCCCAUACUAGUUCCAUAACUUGUUCAAAAUAUUCUCCUACAAAUUCUAAUAUGCUCUAUACUUGUUCAUAUGAUGGUUCGAUUCGUUAUUUUGACCUAAAUAAAGCGAGGUUUAUGGAAGCUUUUGUGAAUGAAGAUUUCACCUAUACUCAAUUUGAUAUGGAUCCAACUGGGCAAAUUAUUUACUUUUCAACAAAUGAAGGGACUGUCGGAAUAAAAGAUAUUCGAGAGCCCACGAGUGUUUUUACUGGUCACAAACUUCAUGAUAAGAAGGUCGGGUGUGUUUCUUUGAAUCCAAAAUGUCCCGAACUAAUGGUUACCGCGUCCUUGGAAAGGAAAAUGUGUCUUUGGGAUGUUCGCAAGUUGGGACCGGAUAGUACCAUUCAAGAAUGCACAUUCACUAAUGCCGUGUCUAGCGCAUAUUGGAGUCCCACGGGCGAUAAAGUGGUCUCAACCAGCUUUGAUAAUUUUAUACGGGUAUUUAAUUAUGAUGAAGAAAGAAAACUAAAAGAGCGCAUACAAAUCCCACAUAACAAUCAAGUAGGAAGGUGGGUCUCUGCGUUUCACGCCAGCUGGAAUCCAAAUCCAAAUUUGCAUCCCCACUUUAUUGUUGGCAAUUUGAAAAGAUCAGCUGAUAUAUAUUCAGCAGUGACCGGUGAUUUGAUUUGGAAUAUGCGUGAUGAGAGAUUGACUGCCAUACCAGCUAUUAACGCUUUUCACCCAAAAUUGAACUUGAUUGUUGGUGGAGCUUCUAAUGGUAAAGUGGUAGUUUGGCAAGAGAAACGAAAGGUGACCCCUGUUAUUGUAAUUGAUUAA